AUGAGCAACGAAAAUGCAUUGCUAGGCAUUGUCUGCAAGUUUCCUGCCCUACGAUCAGAAGAAAACGAAGUAGAGUCGAAAAUCGAGCAGGCGCAAGUCUCGAUUGAGUUGCCAACGACGGAAUUCCAAUCAUGGCUACGCGACUUCAGUCGCGAACAGAACAUCCCUGUGUCUAGCAUCUUCAUUGCUCUAUGGGGCCUAAUUUUGAAUACCUUCACGGGAAAUGGAGAAAUCUGCAUGGCAUCUGUGCUAGGCAAUGCACAGCUUGAGCUGGUUACCACCGUGGUAGACGAGCAAGCCACUAUCAUAGACUUGCUUCAGUCAGUUGCAGAUGGAGCGCGACACACUGGAGACUACACAUCGGAGCUGCCGUGCAACACGGCUGUGUACUUCGACCGCAAAAUAGAAGAAAUUGACAGGGACCUAAAACAAUUCGAAGUAUCCCUGGUAGUAGUGGAUGCAGAUGCACAAACCGAGAUCGAUAUUACUCUGAUGUAUCAAACCAACCAUCUUGCACCAUCACAGGCAAAAUACGUCGCACAAACGGUCAGUCAGUUGCUGAAGGAACUCGAGCUUGAUGCAAAACGACAAAUCUCGCAAAUCAACCUUCUACACCCUGAAACCGAGAGGCAGCUACAGACUUGGGGCAGUCACCCUCCAGCAGUGGUUGAAUUUUGCGUGGGACAACUAUUUGAGGAGACGGUGCGACAAAGGCCACAAAAUGAGGCAGUGUGUACGGCCGACGAGGUUCUCACAUACCAGGAGCUGGAUCACCUUAGUGGACGAUUGGCCCUUCAUCUGCAGGAUCUUGGAGUAGGACCAGAAGCUGUGGUAAUUCUGUGUUUCCCCAAAUCAGCGUGGGCCGUGGUGGCCAUGAUGGCUGUCAUUCGUGCGGGUGGUGCUAUCCUGUUUCUGGAUCCAUCACAUCCCACAGCCCGACACCGUGAAAUUGCGGAUCAAGUCACAACACAAUGGCUCCUCACUGCACCGGAGCAUGCUGCCCAGAUGGAAUGGCUCGAUGGUGCAGUAUUGUCUAUCGAUCGUGCCUUUGUGGACUCCUUAGGGCCGACUCCCGAGGGAAUGGUUCUAGAAUCAACCGCCAUCUCCUCCAACACAUUGUACAUUAUCUUCACCUCGGGCAGCACUGGCAAGCCCAAAGGAUGUGUCAUUGAACAUCGACAGUUCUUGACUGGGUCUCGUGCACAGCAGAAAGCGUCUGGGAUGGAUUCCAACGAUCGAGUGUUGCAACUGGCCUCGUUCACCUUUGACGUGAGUAUCCUUGAGAUUUUAACCUCACUUAUAUCGGGAGCCUGUGUCUGUAUCCCAGACGACCGACAGCGGUCGCAGGGGCCAGCCUCCUGCAUCCAGCAGUUUGGUAUCACCUGGGCCUUCCUCACACCAUCCCUGGUAAAGUCUAUGCGUCCAGAGCAGGUACCCACUCUGAAGUUCCUGGUGUUGGGAGGCGAAGCAGUUUUGGAGGAAAAUAUUCAGGUCUGGGCACCGCAUGUGCGAUUGGCGAACGGAUAUGGACCAACUGAAUGCUCCAUCGCUGCAACAGCAAAUGUUGUACUUUCCAUCCACACCAAUCCCAUGAACAUCGGAUACCCCUUGGGUGGCUGUUGUUGGAUUGUAAAGCCGGAUGACCAUGAUAGCCUCGUUCCCAUUGGAGCUCCUGGAGAGCUGCUCAUCCAAGGUCCCAUCGUCGCGCGUGGAUACUUCAAUGAGCCCGAAAAGACCCAAGCUGUCUUCCUGGACUCAGCCAAGUGGGUUCAUGCGGAUCCUACAUCAUCUUCACGCAUCUACAAGACUGGCGAUUUGGCUCGUUUCAACGCGGACGGUACAAUCCACUUCAUAGGCCGGAAGGAUAACCAAGUGAAGUUACGCGGCCUACGAAUCGAGCUGGGUGAAAUUGAACACCGCAUAGCCGCCCACCCACUAGUUCGACAAGUAUCUGUUGUACUCGCAAAAGAUGGCCCUUGUCAGGCUAAACUGACGGCCGUGGUCUCCUUGAAUGAGCUUCAGCAGCCAUCGUCGAACCUCGAGUUGCUCACCGGAGAGCAAUAUACCGCUGCCACAGACCAACUGGGGGCCGUUGCCAUGUCAGUCUCAGAGCAACUGCCCAGUUAUAUGCUGCCAACGGUAUGGGCGCCAGUCUGGUCUAUCCCGUUGACAGUCUCCGGGAAACAAAACGGAGUGGCAGUUCGCCAGUGGGUGCAGCAAAUGUCUAUCGAAACAUAUAAUGGACUCAUCGGAAAAGGUGGCGACCUUGAGCGGGUUAGCCCAUCAAAUGAGCUAGAGCGCGAAGUGGAAGCGCUGUGCUGCGAAAUUCUGGGCUUCCUACAGCCAGAAGAGGUGUGGCUAAACAAGUCCUUCAUCCAGAACGGGGGUGACUCCAUCAAGGCAACACAGCUCCUCGAUAGAUUGCGCCGCCAGGGAGUUGCCGUUUCAUUUGAGGAUGUGAUGCAAAGUGUGAGCUUGAUUGAGCUUGUUCAACGCAUUGAGACUCAAGCUCCAGUUAAUCCUCCUGCCCAUCAGGCGGUCCGUGAAUAUUCACCCUCCUUGGAUGAGAAGCGACUUGCACGAGUUGGCCUCGACAUCAACUCGGUGGAGGAUGUGUAUCCGCUGUCCCCUGUCCAGCGAGGCAUUCUCCUAAGCCAACAGCAGGAACCAGCGAGCUACCAGUUGCGUAUCACCUGCGAGGUAUUGCCCUCACCAGGAGGUAAGAUUAACCAACUUCGCUUGCUGGAUGCGUGGCAACAAGUUACUGCCCGGCACCCUGCGCUGCGGACCAUCAUGGUUGAGACUGAGACCGAGGACGGCCUGUUCGACCAGCUAGUUCUGCAAAACAGCAACGCAAGAAUUCUGGAAUGGAAACAAGAAAGUGAAAACGCCUUUUGGAAAGCCCAGGCAGAGUUCUCUAGGACAGAUACGGCGCUGCAACCGCCAGUGGUGUUCAUAGUCUCCGUCACAGAUGAUGGGAAGAACUUCGUCACAAUCGACAUCAGCCACGCCCUUGUCGAUGGAGUCUCCAUCUUGAUAUUGUUACGGGACGUCUGUCUUGCAUAUGAUGGCAAACUGCCAACGGGUCGUACAAUAAAAUACUCUUCUUAUAUUGACUAUAUCCAACGGCUGUCUGUCGAGUCCUCCUUACAAUAUUGGACUAAGCACCUGGAAGACGCCAUCCCCUGUCACAUUCCCACUCUGAACGAUGACAUCCUCAUUGAGGGCCAACCAGGCGAACUGAAAAUGGAUAUCGAGGGCAUAGACGCGCUUUAUGAGCUUUGCGCUGCCAUGAACUUCACGCCGGCCACUGUUUUCCAAGCUGCAUGGGCUCUGGUCUUGCAGGCCUAUACAGGCCAGGAUGAUGUCUCCUUUGGCUAUCUCACUGCAGGCCGCGAGAUGCCUGUGGCUGAGAUUAGUGAGGCAGUCGGUGUGUUUAUCAAUAUGAUGGUCUAUCACAUGCAGCUCUCUCCGCAGACCACCAUCGCUUCGCUUGCGAAGGAAACCCAGAAGAGCUUUUUGGGAGGCCUUCCCCAUCAGCACUGUUCGGUUGCUGAAAUACAGCACGCCUUAGGGCGUUCCAAACCGUUAUUCAACACCAUCAUGUCUCUACAGAGCGCCCUAGGGGAGGAUAUAUUGAGCGGAGAGCCUGAUGGGAAGCUAGGCUUCAGGGUUGUGGCUGAAUUUGACCCAACGGAGUAUGAUGUCUCGGUCAAUAUUUUCGUAUCUAAAGAACGGGUGUCCCUGACCCUUCGUUACUACAGGGCAGCUCUCAGCGAUGCCAUGGCCGAGAACGUCCUAGCAACGUUUUGUCGUGCUAUCUACACCGUUGUUCACAGACACACAUCCAUUUUAAGCGAUUUGGACAUGAUGAGUGACCGAGAUCAUGCUCAAAUUGCACGUUGGAAUAACCAUCAAUGGGUUGAUGUCGACGCCUGUGUUCAUGAUUUGAUUUCCGACCAAGCACUCGCUCGCCCUCAGGCCAUCGCCAUCGACGCCUGGGAUGGCAGCUUUACUUACCAAGAGCUGGAUUCCAUAACCAGUGCUCUGGCUAAACUGCUCGUGCAAAAGGGUGUCGAACCAGAGACUUUUGUGCCCAUUGGCUUUUCUAAAUCCCGCUGGACAGUUGUUGCCCAGUUAGCGACGUUGAAAGCAGGAGGAGCAUGUGUUGCCUUUGAUCCCGAGCACCCCAGAAGCCGACGGGAAGGAAUAGUCCAGCAAUGCGAUGCUACUAUUGCCAUUGUCGCAGAAGGAAACGAGUCGUUAUUCGAGGAACUAGUGCCACUCGUAAUCGUCCUGGGGGCGAAUACUAUCAGUAACCUGCUCCAGAAUCAGCAAGCUUCCACCCUUGCUCCAAUUGUGCACGCAGUCUCCUCCUCCAAUCCUGCUUUUGUCGUUUUUACAUCUGGCAGUACUGGCAAGCCGAAGGGAAUUGUCCUCGAGCACCACGCGAUCUGUAGCAGUGCGAAGGCACAUGGUCCUGCCAUGAACUAUGGCCCGGAUGCCCGAGUCCUGCAGUUUGCCUCCUACACGUUCGAUGUCAGCAUCGGUGAGACUUUCACAUGUUUGAUGAGUGGUGGCACACUUUGCAUUCCCAGUGAGGAUGAAAGGAUGAAUGAUUUAGCUGGUGUCAUCAACAGGAUGAACGCUAAAGUUGUAUAUCUCACGCCGUCAGUUGUGAGUCUGCUACACCCAUCGCAGGUCCCCGGAGUCCACACCUUGGCGCUUGGAGGUGAAGCCGUUCGAGAGAACAACAUCACAACCUGGGCGGAACGCACCAAUCUAGUGAACAUCUAUGGCCCAGCUGAAUGUUCUGUGUGGUCGACAGGCCUUCAAGGAGUGCCAAAAUCCGCAUCUCCGCGAAACAUCGGCUAUGGUCUUGGUGCCAGGAUGUGGAUCACCAGUGUGGAAGAUCCAGGUAUGCUGUGUUCUGUCGGUGCUGUGGGUGAGCUAUUGAUCGAGGGACCAAUUGUUGCCCGAGGAUACCUGAAAGACGAUGCUAAGACACGUGCUGUGUUUAUCUCACCUCCUGCAUGGUGGUCAAAGUACCAAGCCCAGGAGUACGGCCAUGAUAUCAAGAUCUAUCGAACUGGUGAUCUUGCCAGGUACAACUCUGACGGCUCCAUUCAUUUCAUCGGUCGCCGGGACCAUCAAGUGAAGCUACAUGGACAACGUGUGGAAAUGGGUGAAAUCGAUCGGACAUUGCUGAUGCACGAAAAGGUUCAGAAUGCCCUAGCUAUAGUGCCCACAAAAGGCCGGCUGGCAGGUAAGCUGGUGGCGGUGCUAAGUUGGAAUGACGAGGUUCAUACUCUCAGCAAGGCUGGUAUCGAGUUGCGCGGGGUUUCUAAUGUCGACACAUCACCCGUAAGAGACUGGCUUGCCACGAGGCUACCUGCCUACAUGAUCCCUGCCACCUGGCUCAUCGUCCAGUCCAUACCAGUGACAAAAAAUGGAAAGUCCGAUCGUCCGUCCGUGGUUGCCUGGGUGGAGGAUUUGCAGCAGCUUGAUGAUAUCAUGGCACCAAGUGAUAGCGCCAAUGAUCCCGAGAGUAGUCCGAGAAACCAGAUGGAAACGGAUAUCAGGGAGGUGAUCAGCUCUGUACUCAAUCUUCCCCUAUCGGAUGUUUCUAUGAAUCGCAGUUUCAUGGCCUUGGGAGGAGAUUCAAUUACUGCAAUGCAGACCUCCUCCCGAUGUCGAGGCCGUGGCAUCCAGUGUGCAGUCAAAAGCAUCCUGAAGAGCAAAUCCCUUCGUCAAAUAGCUGCUGAAUCGACGAUUCUCACCAACACUGGGGAAUCGACGAGGACUGAUAGUCCGGCUUUCCGUCUCCUGCCAAGUAUACAUUCAUCCGACCUCGACGAAUGGGUCAGACGCUUGGGAUACACAGGACUCUCCGACAUCGAAGAUGCCUAUCCCUGCUGUCCCAUGCAGGAAGGAAUCUUGAUCAGCCAAGCGCAGACUCCGGAGACUUACAAGUUCUCAGCUGUAUGUGCUAUCCGAGCAGUAGACACAAGGAAGCCAUUGGAGAUGAAUCGGCUCCACAUGGCAUGGCAGCGUGUUGUCGCGAGCCAUCCUGUUUUGCGCACGUUUUUUGUUGAAGGACUAUCAGGAGACGCCUUGUACAGUCAAAUUGUACUACGAGAACACACUCCACGAGUUGAGACUGCCAAGACCCUAGAGAGUCUGUUGCGCUAUGAUCAGGAAAACCCCGUCGACUAUAACGAGUCGGUCCCACCGCACCGUAUGACUGUUUUUGAGGAUGAAGACGCCCUGUACUUCAACUUGGAGAUCAGCCAUACUUUGAUUGAUGGCGCAUCGAUGCCCCUGUUACUAGGUGAUAUCAGGGCGGCCUACGACAAUGAGAUCCCUUCUGGGCCUCUCUUUAGUGACUAUAUCGCAUUUUGGCAGCGACAGUCUCGCGAGGCUACCACCACAUUUUGGACCAAAUACCUGGAAAGUAUGCAGCCGGCCGUGUUCCCAUCUCUGCUGGAUAACAUUGUUCCCGAAAAGGCGCUCCGCGUGGUCAAAAUGCCAGUGACAAACAGCAUGCUCUCCGAGCUCCACGCUUUCUGCAGAGACAACGAGUUGACUAUUGCCAAUGUAUUCCAAGCCGCCUGGGCUCUGGUUCUGCGGGCCUACACCAGAAAUGUGGACGUGGUAUUUGGCUAUCUGUCAUCAGGGCGUGAUGCUGACGGUCUCGAUUUGGAUCACGCUGUGGGUCCAUUUAUCAACAUGUUGCCCUGUCGGAUCCAAGUCGACGAUUCCUCCAGAUUGGUCGAUAUUGUGAGAAAAAUCAACAGUGACUUUUUAGACUCUCUCCCGCAUCAACACACGUCAUUAGCAGAGGUGCAGCAUCAUUUGCGACUCUCUGGAGAGCGUCUGUUCAACACCACCCUUUCACUGCAACGAUCCAUGGUCGAAUCCGAUGAGAGGAGCAGUAGCAUUGCGGUCGAGUACAUCGGUGGUUCCGAUCCAACGGAGUAUGACCUAGGUGUCAGCAUUACGGUUGGAGACACUGUCAUUGAUGUUGAUAUCAAUUACUGGACAACUUUCAUGUCCGAUGAGAAAGCUAGCAUGCUGGCUUCAACUUUCAGCACAAUUCUCACUAAUAUGUUGGCCUCGCCGACUAAAGAAAUCCGAGCCCUCGACUUCAUCAGCGAACAGCAACAUGAAUACCUAAUGGCACUCAAUGGAAAUGGCAAAAUUCCCGCGACCACCGCAGGGUGCAUUCACGAUGAGGUCCACCGACAAGCGUUGGCCCAUCCAUCCGCACCCGCCAUUGAAUCUUGGGAUGCUUCAUUCACAUACUCUCAGUUGGAUCAAUGGUCUAACAAGCUAGCGACAAAGCUUGUCUCUAUUGGGGUCGGCGCUGAGCAUGUGGUAGCCCUCUGCUUCGACAAGUCUGCAUGGACCGUAGUGGCAAUGCUGGCAGUCCUCAAGGCCGGUGGUGCCUAUACUUCAAUGGGCCCAUCCCAUCCUAGAUCACAUCUAGCGCGAGUUAUCCUGGCUACCAAAAGUCUCGUAAUUUUGGCAGGAUCAAAAGAAUAUGGAAGCUUAGUAGGGGAUCUUGUGGAUCAUGUCAUCGUUGUUGAAUCUUCUCUAUUCCCAUCACUCCCCGAUCAUGAUUUGGGGAUUCUUCCAACUGCAUCUCCGAACAGUGCGGCAAUGAUCAACUUCACCUCGGGGAGUUCUGGAAAACCCAAGGGGAUUGUCGUCCGCCACAGUGGUCUACGCUCAAUGAUAGCGCACAACGCAGAUAUGGGGAUUGAUCGAUCCACUCGUGUCCUACAAUUCUCCGCGUACACCUUCGACACCAGUAAUGCGGAGAUUUUCUUCACCCUGUGUGUUGGAGCAUGUAUUUGUGUCCCAUCAGAGGAUGAACGGCUCACUGACCUGGCUGGGGCAAUGACGAGAUUGAGGGUGGACUAUGCAUUUCUGACUCCCUCGCUAGUCAUAUCCCUCUUACCAGAGAUGCUCCCCACAUUGAAGACACUGGUGCUUAUUGGAGAAGCUGUUCCCACUGAUCUUCCACCGAAAUGGCAGAACCAUGUUCGUUUACUUAACAGUUAUGGCCCGGCUGAAUGCUCGGUGAUGUCCUCUUUUGAGGUGUUGGAGGAUGGCGUGCCAUCGACCAGUAUCGGACGAGGGCACGGAUGCCUGUUCUGGGUCACCGAUCCCGAAGACAGCCAAAGACUUAUGCCGGUCGGAUGCUCCGGGGAACUGCUCAUUGAAGGUCCCAUUGUCACUCGCGGGUAUCUGGAUCCGAAGCUUACCGCAAAAUCGUUCAUUCCCCCUCCAGUAUGGCGUGGAGAGACGCGUAGUGGAUCGAGGUUGUAUAGAACGGGUGAUCUCGUCAGAAUCCUUCCGGAUGGAAACAUGCUGUUCCUAGGCAGAGCUGAUGGACAGAUCAAACUGAACGGGCAGCGUAUUGCCACAUGGGCCAUCGAGGAGGAUAUCACUCGUCACUCUCUGAUCCAUCAGACGGCCCUUGUCGUACCCACCGAAGGACCCUGCAAAAAGAAACUGGUUGCCAUAGUGGUAUUUGAGAAUGAAGUGUCUACACAGGAUGUUGCUAUAGAUGGGGUCGUACCCUUCAGUCAGGAUGCCGACAAGGGCAAAGCCAUUGACCAGGUCACCGCCAUCCGGGGUCAUCUCGCAGAAAAUUUCCCCAGUUAUAUGAUGCCCUCUGUCUGGUUGUUGUGCUCCCGUCUUCCUCUAACCGCAUCACGAAAGCUGGACCGGCUCACGGUCAAGAGCUGGGUGGAAAGUAUGGAUCAGCAGACAUAUUUCGAUGCGCUUGCUGAGAGGGAGCAACAAAUUGAUCCCACCGAGAGCGAUAUUCCCACGUCCAAUGCUGCGGAGCGUUUGCAGCGGAUUAUCGGUCGCGUUCUGAAUUUGCCGUUGAGUCAAGUGUCUCUGCAGCGAUCCUUUUUCAACCUUGGCGGUGACUCGAUUACCGCCAUGCAGCUGGUGGUGACAUGCCGAAAUGAGGGCAUAAAACUGCUCUUCAAAGACGUGAUGCGCAGUGCCAGCAUUAGCGCCCUAGCCGACGGUGUGCAGAUGGUCGACCAUAUCAAUGUGCACCAGCACAGAGACCAGUUAGACACGCCAUUUGACCUGACCCCCAUCCAGCAACUCUAUUUCCAGAGCAUAUCUCAAGGAAGCCAUGACGCGUCAGCAAAUCAAUUCAAUCAAAGUUUCCUUUUCCGCCUGACCUCCGAUGUGCCCGUGGAGCAGUUGAGGGCAGCGGUUGACAAGGUUGUUCAGCGUCACUCAAUGUUGCGAGCACGAUUCCGUCAGUCACACAACGGACAAUGGAAGCAAAUAUUGAUUGGCCACAGCGCCAUGGCAUAUCGAUUCAGGCACCAUGCUGUAGGCAACGAACAAGAGGCACUUGAUGUUGCACAACAGGCGCAGGAAGAACUUGAUAUUCAAAACGGACCUGUCUUCGGCGUCGAGCUCUUUUCAAUUACAGACCAGAGUCCGAUGUUAUUCCUAGUAGCUCACCAUCUAGUCAUUGAUUUGGUGUCGUGGCGCAUCAUCUUCCAGGAACUCCAAGAUUCGAUCGAUGGGCAAGUGUCUCAAGCCCCUACUCCUCCAUUUUCGUUCCAGCAAUGGCAGCAACUGCAGACCGAAUACGCUGCUGAGCAUCUUCCGCCCAGUCAGGCUUUACCCUACACGAUCCCCCCAGCAGACUAUGUUUACUGGGGCAUGGAAGACGUUCCCAAUUUUGCCGGCGACACCAUCCAAAUAUCUGCUGUAUUGGAACCACGGGAGAGUGAAGCCUUGUUGACCGGUUGUCACCAGGCAAUGAGAACAGAACCACUCGAUAUUCUUGUCGCAGCUCUAUUCGCCUCAUUUGCGGAGACCUUUCAACGAACCCCACCUGCCAUCUUCAAUGAAGGCCAUGGCCGUCAGCCGUGGACCAGUGAUAUCGACCUCUCCGACUCGGUGGGCUGGUUUACCACUGUUUUCCCGUUCUUCCUAUCCGGCCUAGAGCCGAACACACCCUCUAAGGAGAUUGCUCGUGGUGUGAAGGAUCAGAGGCGUACGCUUCCUGCCAAUGGAUGGUCCUACUUUACCUCAAGGUACUUGAACGAGAGUAGUGUGAAAGCCUUUGCCGACCACAUGCCCGUGGAAAUUCUGUUCAAUUAUCUCGGGUUAUACCAGGGGUUGGAACGUGCAGAAGGCAUUUUCCAGCUAGUGCCGUUUAACAAGGGCGAUGUAGGGUCUGCGGUGCGGCGUUACGCUCUGUUCGAGAUCAAUGUAUACGUGAUCAAUGGAUCUACACAUAUCUCUUUCACGUUCAAUCGUCAUAUGAAGCAUGUGGACCGUAUAGAGAAGUGGUUGGAGAACUUCACGACUUCUUUGAAGGAUAUGUCCCAGAGCCUGGCUGUGGCAGACUUCACUCUCACCCGGAGUGACUAUCCGCUCCUCAACAUCUCAUACCCUGAUUUGGAUAGGCUGCAAAACUCUCGGAUCCCUCAGCUUGGCCUGACAUUGGAUGAUAUCGAGGAUCUAUAUCCGUGCUCUCCGCUGCAAACAGGCAUCUUGCUCAGUCAGAUUCGUCUCGAGGAUGCAUAUCUCUACCACGCCAUCAUGCGGAUGGACUCCUGCGCUGGUGUGUCUCUGAAUGCGAAGCAACUGGCUGCAGCCUGGCAGCAAGUAGUCGAUCGUCACACAAUUCUGCGCACUGUUUUCCUCAAAGGAAUUACACAGCAACCGUUUGACCAAAUGGUUCUUCGCAGCCACCGCGCUGUAUCUCCGAUCCUGACUGCGGAGUCAAAUAGCCAGGCGCUAGACCUUCUCAAGCGCUAUGAGCCGCUAGUCCCAUCAAUAAUUGAACCGCCUCAUCGCUUGGUCGUGGUGCAAUGUGCAGAAGGCCCCGUUUUCUUCCGACUCGACAUGAGUCAUGCUCUUCUGGAUGGAACUGCAAUGUCGGUACUGAUCAACGACCUUGCAUCUGCGUACGGCAAUCAGAUAUCUGCCUCGCCGGCUAUCCCAUAUAGUGACUAUAUUGCAUAUAUCCAAUCACAGCCGGCGGCGGAUGGCCUAGAGUUCUGGUCGGAUCACCUGGCUGAUGUCAAGCCCUGCCAUUUCCCUUCUCUGUUGCUGUCUAGCGAACCGGAACCGGAGAUGAAAACUAUCGAUGUGACGGUGCCUGAUCACUGGGAAGUUCGUUCAUUCUGCCAGGAGAACAAUAUCACAUUGGCCAAUGUGAUCCGAUUGGCAUGGUCCCUGGUUCUUGCCGCGUAUACCGGCGAAGAGCACGUAUGCUUUGGCUACCUCACAGCUGGCAGAGAGGUUCCUUUACCGGGUGUCGAAAAUGCCGUCGGGCCUUUUAUCAACAUGCUGGUUUGUGCAACAAAUCUUGGCCAAAUUAGCCAGAAGCCGGUCGUUACUGAGUUGCAAGACCUUCACGAUGAAUAUCUCAAGAUGCUUCCAUAUCAACAUGUCGGUUUGGCUGAGAUCCAGCACGCGCUGGGUGUGACUGGCCAGUCAUUAUUCAAUACAGUAGUGAGCUUCCAGCGUCGUGAUGUUGGAAUGCUAGUGCUGGACGACCUUCAGCUCACGUAUCUGGAUGGAUGCGAUCCUACUGAGUACGAUAUCAGUGUCAAUGUUGCCGAUACCGAUCACGGUUUCACGGUUGAUCUGGGAUAUUUGACUUCACGACUUUCCCCGGAAUAUGCAGUCCAUGUCGCAGGAGCUCUUUCAGCCGCACUUACAUCUAUUGUUUCUCGCACUUCAUCUACAGUAGGAUCGGUUGAUAUUUUUGACUCCGCGGCCCAGAAGCAAAUCUUGGACUGGAAUUCCUCCAUGCCUCCAGUUGUGAAUGAGACUCUGCAGUCACUCUUCCAGCGACAUGUAAGUGCAUGUCCAGAUGCACCAGCCAUUGCUUCCUGGGAUGGACACAUGACCUAUGCGCAGCUCGACGAGAAAUCAUCCCAGCUCGCCCAUCUACUUGUCAACAUGGGCAUUGGCUCGGAUAAUCUCGUUCCAAUUUGCUUUGAGAAGUCAGCUUGGGCAAUAGUUUCCAUGCUUGCUGUUCUGAAGGCAGGCGCGGGCUUUGUCCCGUUGGAUCCUUCUAGCCCAUGCAACAGACUGGAACUUAUCAUACAACAGACAGCUUCGAGUUUGGUGUUGGCUUCCGAGGAGAAGAUGGCGUUGGUAGUUGAUCUCGUGCCCAAGGUGCUGGUGGUUUCUGCAAGUGCUAGCAUCUGGGAUGAGGAUGCCCACGUGUUGAAUGGCUCGGUUUCUCCCCUGAGUGUCGCAUAUGUGCUGUUCACCUCGGGCAGCACUGGAACUCCUAAAGGCGUUGUCAUGGAACACGCAGGAGUCAGUACCAGCGUAAUCCACCAUGGAAAGGAAAUUGGCUGCAGCGCUGCCACCAGAAUGUUCCAGUUCGCAGCAUUCACCUUCGAUGCGUGCAUCCUGGAGAUUUUCACGACUCUAGCCUAUGGUGGGUGUAUCUGUCUCCCAUCUGAUGCCGAGCGGAUGAGUGAUAUUUCCGGUUCCAUGACCAGAUUGGAUGCUAAUACCUCCUUCCUCACCCCUUCCGUGGUGCGUCUGCUUCGACCGGAGCAAGUGCCCACUCUGAAAACUCUUAUCCUUGGAGGAGAGGCGUUGCAUGAAGAUAACAUCCAAACUUGGUCAGAGAGUCUGCGUCUCAUGAACGGCUACGGGCCAACCGAAACCUGUGUUUUCUGUGUCAUGAAGACUUUUGCAGGCAAGAAUGACCGGUGCGACGUUCUCGGUCGUGCUGUGAGUUCUGUUGCCUGGAUCACUCGCCCGAACAAUCAUGAGCAGUUGGCUCCCGUUGGAGCCAUUGGCGAGCUUUUGGUGCAAGGAAGUACAUUGGCUCGAGGCUACCUCCACGACCAAACGAAAACUGAUCAAGUCUUCGUUUCGAAUCCGGCCUUCUAUUCGACGCCGGAGAAUUCUAUUGAGCGAUUCUACAAGACCGGAGAUUUAGUCCGCUAUAAUAUCGAUGGGACUAUCACGUACUUAGGCCGCAGAGACACACAAAUCAAGCUCCGUGGUCAACGAAUUGAGCUCUCCGAGAUUGAACAUCAGAUUAACCGUCAUUUGCCAUCGAACACACAAAUCGCGGUCGAGGUCGUGCUCCCUCACGGAGACCAGGAGCAAGCCCUUCUCGCUGUCUUCGUCUUCAAGCCUGUUAGAUUAGCAGGCAGCGAGCUCCUUGGAGAAGUCACCGCAGACACAAGAGCGUUGGCAUUGGAUCUCAAGGCUCAUCUCGCUCGGGUUCUUCCGCCAUAUAUGCAACCAUCUCUCUAUGUUCCCACCAACUGGACGCCAACAACAUCAGCACAGAAGCUAGACCGAAAGUCACUUCGCGAUGCGGUGACCAAGCUGAGCGAUGGUCAGCUGAAGGGUUAUUCUCUUCGCGAAGAUGGUCGGCGGGUGCCUCAUACUGUAUCCGAGAAGAAGGUCCAGGAACUAUGGCAUCGCAUACUGAAGAUUUCCUUAGACGAAAUCCGAUCAGAGGAUAACUUUUUCCAGAUGGGCGGAGAUUCCAUCGCAGCCAUGAAAAUGGCCGCUACUACUGGGGAAGAUUUCCCCAUCACCGUCAUGGACAUCUUCCAGUACCCCGUGCUAUCCGAGUUAGCUGCUGUGAUGGCCAACAAAGGUUUCGCUAACGACAACGAUCCUAUCUCCUUGGAGCCAUUUGGACUACUUGAUAACAUUCCAGAGAUUUCUAGUCUCGUGGAUACCAUCAGCCAUGAAUAUUCCAUCCCAUCCGAGUCAAUCGAAGACGUGUACCCAUCUAGCCCUCUUCAGGAAGGUAUGAUGGCUCUUUCAAUGCUCAAUCCCAAGUCGUACAUCCUGCGACGAGUUCUCCGCCUGGGUCCGGCUCUGGAUAUUGCUCGAUUCCAAUCUGCCUGGGAACUAGCCGCCCAGAAGAACCCGAUCAUGCGCACGCGCUUUGUACCAACUCCAAAUGCCGGGCUUGUGCAGGUCGUGGUGAAAGACACUAUUGACUGGAGGAGGGCGGCAGAUCUGGAGCAGUACCUGGAACGUGACAUGGCCGAGGCAAUGGUCUAUGGAGCUCCACCAGUACGGUAUGGUCUCACAGAGGAUGGCUAUUUCAUCUGGACCGCGCACCACGCCGUGUACGAUGGCUGGUCGCUGCCCUUGAUCCUCAAUCAGGUCCAGUCUGCUUAUGAGUACGAUCAUUGCCCCGAAUCCACCUCAUUCAACACCUUCAUCAAGUAUCUGCAAACCACCGAUGCCCAGUUGACUCGGUCUUUCUGGGAAGAGCGAUUGUCCGGGCCCCGUGCCUCAACAUUCCCGGAGCUGCCCUCGCCGUCAUACAGAGCUUCUGUUAGGGGCAGAGUGCAGCACGAAAUCCAUGUCCGACACCUUGCAGACUCCACCAUUCUUAGAACUACCAUAUUGCGAGCUGCCUGGGGCCUACUUCUUUCCCGCUAUGCAGAUAGCGAAAAUAUCGUAUUCGGUAUGACCCUCUCUGGCCGCAAUGGUCCAGUGUCUGGUAUCGAUGCCAUGAUCGGUCCCACAAUUACAACAGUACCUGUGCGGAUGAACAUCGCUCCAGCACUCACCAUCAAUGAGUUCCUUGCCCAGGUUCAGCAACAAUCGACGGAGAUGAUCCCUCAUGAACAUUUUGGCUUGCAAAAUAUUGCCGGCAUCAGCUCAGACUGUGCCCGGGGAAUCGAAUUCCAGAAUCUAUUCGUCAUCCAACCAGUGUCAGAUGCCACUGCAACUGGGGAUCUCUUGCCUGGUGUAGAAGAGAUUGAGCUGCCUCUGGAGGACUUUGACAGUUACCCCCUGAUAGUUGAAUGCUUUGUUGCCGACGACAAAAUCACCAUUGAGAUCCGCCAUGAUGAUGACGUUCUCUCGGCCUGGCAGGUGCAGACUAUGAUGUACCAUUUCGAACAUCUCCUGGAGCAACUUACGGAAACGAAGAAUCAAGAAGCUCAAGUCGCCUCUGUUGACCUCUUCGGUCCUCAUGAUCUCCAGCAGAUCAUCCAGUGGAAUGAGCAGUAUCCGGAAGUCGUCGAGUCAACUGUACCAGUUAUCUUCGCCGGGCAAGUGUCAGGUCAGCCAGACGCCUUGGCUGUCGAUGCUUGGGACGGCCGUUUGACAUAUAGUGAACUUGACUCUGUUUCGACGACCCUUGCUCGCCAUCUCGUCUCCCUAGGAGUCGUCCCAGAAGCUCUCGUGCCUAUGUGCUUCGACAAGUCGCGAUGGGCUGUUGUCGCACAGUUGGCUGUCAUGAAAGCCGGCGGUGCUUGUGUCAAUCUCGAUCCUGCCCACCCCCAAUCGCGUCUCGAAACUAUUGUCAAAGAUGCCCAGGCUACAGUCCUUCUGACAAACCCUCGCCAUGCCGAUGUCCUCGGUACUUCCACCGGAUUGCAGACGGUGCUGGUGACAGAGGACUUCAUUUCGACUCUGAAAGACCUGACGCAACAGCUACCAACUAUCAGCCCUCGAAAUGCCGCAUAUGUGCUUUUCACCUCGGGAAGCACUGGUAAGCCCAAGGGUAUCGUGAUUGAGCACCGCUCGCUCUGCUCAAGCUCCAAGGCCCAUGGAACACGCUGGGGGAUUGGCCCCGGGACUCGACUCUUGCAAUUCGCUGCGUAUACAUUCGAUGUGAGCUGUGCGGAUAUCUUCACCACGUUGCAAAGGGGUGGCUGUAUCUGUGUACCCUCAGAGGAGCAGCGCCUGAAUGAUCUAUCGGGCGCAAUCAACACCUUCCAGUGCAACUGGGCCUUCUUGACUCCCACAAUCGCUGCUCUACUACCUGCAGACAAUCUCCCGUCAUUGAGAACUCUGGUUCUCGGCGGCGAGGCUUCCACACGCGACACCAUCGCAAAGUGGCACAAUGUUCUCGAUCUCAUUGUCUGCUAUGGUCCCGCAGAAUGCUCAGUAUACUGCUCUGGCGCUCCUCCAGCCAUCGCGACCAGUGAUCCAGCAAACCUAGGUGCAUCUAUUGGAUCCAUUUAUUGGAUCGCUCACCCCCAGGAUUCUAACCGACUGACGCCCCUGGGAUGUGUUGGAGAACUGCUUCUGCAAGGCCCAACGGUGGCCCGAGGCUAUCUUCAUGAUGCCGAAAAGACCGCCCAGGCAUUCGUCUCGAACCCUGUCUGGGCACCAGUUCCAGGAUCUCGAUUCUAUCGUACCGGUGAUCUGGUGCGUUACAAUGAAGAUGGCACAAUCCGGUUCGUGGGUCGCAAAGAUAACCAAGUCAAAGUCCGAGGGCAGCGCGUGGAACUCGGUGAAAUCGAGCAUGCUAUCCGUCUUGCAAUGCCUACUCUCGCUCAUGCGACCGUAGAUGCGAUGCAAGAUCCCAAUCAUCCCCGGCAGAUUGUGGUCGCUUUCUUGCAUUAUAGCAAUCGCAGUGGCCCUGCGAAGCUCGUGGAUAUGUCUGUCAAACUGCAAGAAGAACUUGUGACCCUGCAACAGACCCUCGGUCAGCACCUUCCGUCGUACAUGAUUCCAUCCAUGUUCAUCCCCCUCUCCCGUGUGCCUUUGACCAUGAAUGGCAAAGCCGAUCGUCGACAAUUACGUGAACUGGCAACAUCCCUCUCUCAGGAGGAUAGCUUAGCCUUUUCGCUGGCCAACAGCGUGAAGCAGGAGCCAACCACACCAAUGGAAGUCCAGCUCCGUGAAUUAUGGGCUAAGGUAUUGCAAGCUGAAAAGCAUACCUUGGGCAAGAAUGAUCACUUCCUCCGGUGUGGUGGAGAUUCCAUCAUCGCAAUGAAGCUCGCGAGUCAUGCGCGAUCUGCAGGCUUCAACUUGACUGUUCAAGAUAUCUUCCAAACUCCGGUUCUCGAGGAGAUGGCGGCUCUGAUCUCCCAAAAAUCACUGCAAAUCCUUGCACCACAGUCAGAUGUACCUUAUACUCCUUUCUCUCUCAUUGGUGACAUUUCCCUAUCCGAUUUGCUUCCCAGCACGGCGCUUUCCACCAGUACACACCUGGAAAAUAUUGCAGACGUUCUCCCCGCGUCGGAUUUCCAGGCCUCCGCGAUUUCUCAUUCUAUGAUGAAGUCCCAUGGUUUGGUCAAUUACCUCUUCCUUGAUGGUGAAGGCCAGGUCCCAUGGGACCUGGCGUUUAUUCAGGAAGCAUGGACUGUCUUCCUCCAAGCUCAUCAAAUCCUCCGGACUGUAUUUGCCGCUCAUGGAGACUGCUUCUACCAGGUAGUACUCAAAGACGUAUCGCAACCUAUCGGGUGGUACAAGGUGGAAGAAGAGAUCGAACCGUUCUCCCACCUUCUUUGCAAAGAAGAUGUCAACAAGGACUUGCCCCUGGGCAGUCUAUUGACCCAGCUAGCUGUGGUUAGUAACCAAAAGCAACAUCGACUCAUUCUCCGAGUUUCUCAUGCCCAAUAUGACGGUGUCUGUCUGCCCCGCGUCUGGCAGAGUUUCCAAGAAGUCCUCUCCGGUCGCACUCCUGCUCCGGAAGUUCCAUUCUCCCACUUCAUCGCCAAUAUCCAUCCUCCUGGCCCAGACUCCCAAACAUACUGGCGGGAUUUCUUGUCAAAUUCCUCGAUGACCACCAUCAUUGCGCAAUCCAAACCACAAUACCAGAAUGUAUACGACCUACAUCUGACCCGAACAAUCUCAGUUACCUCCCAGUCCAGCUCUGGAAUUACCUUCGCAACCAUUUUGAAGACUGCCUGGGCUCUGGUCCUCUCUUCUUUGUCUGACAGUGCCGACGUUGUCUUUGGCCAUGUCGUUUCAGGUCGCAAUAUCCCUCAACUCAAUAUCGAGCAAGUGAUUGGUCCCUGUCUCAACAUCCUCCCUACCCGUGUCAAGAUUGACCCGACCGGGAGCAUCAAUGAUCUUCUGGACUCUGUGCAGGCUCAGCAUACCGCUCAUAUGGCCCAUGAAUCCCUAGGCACCCGCAAUAUUGUGCGAAGCUGUAGCCCAUGGCAACCUUCUACUCGCAUGAGCAGCAUUGUGCAGCAUCAAAACAUUGACCAAGAUGCGACGGUGACACUCGACAAUCAGAAAUAUUUGGUUGGUGAUUUCUGUCCCGCGGCAGAUGAGGCGGACAUUGCCAUUAAGACGACCCCCCUUGACAACAACCAGAUGGAGGUUCUUCUCAUCACCUCGUCGCGCUCGGUUGGGGAAUCCAUGGCAGCUACCCUUCUGGAUCGUCUUUGUAUCACAAUUCAGGCUAUUUGCGACUCCACAGACCCCCAAGUCGCGGUCUCACAAUUGAUCCAUUCUGAGGCCGUCCUCCCCUUGCCAAGUCCAGGGGUCCUGCAUGAGGACUCUGCAGUCGGUCGCAUCGAUGACAUUCCAUCAUUGGAUGCGGAUAAGCUCUCUGCCAUCUAUGCCAGCUGGCGAGAGGUUCUAGCUCAGCCUGAAUUGCCGUUGGACUUGGAAUCCGACUUCUUCGCCGUUGGUGGUGAUCUGGUCUCGAUCGCGUUGUUGACCGCCUUCUGGCAGCGCCAGGGAUAUCAGGUUGCUGUCGAGGAUCUCUGGGAUCAUUCACAAGUCCGUGGGAUGUUGGAUAUCUUGACUCGGGCGUCUGUCUAA